AGUCAUGAUGUUGCCUUUAGAUGAAUUGGAUUGGGAGGAUCUUGAGUAUCUCGAAGGUUCGGAGAGGGAAUUAACCCCUUGGGAGCAAGAAUAUUUGAAGGAGAUGUACGAGCAAAAGGAGAAGCUCGAACGACAACUCAAGAUCAUGGAGGAGGUCAUUGAAGGAGAGCCCUUGCUUACGUCCGAUCUAUCAGGCUAUGUUGAAGACAAGGCGGUCGAGUGUGAGGUCGACCAAGUCGAGUGCGAGGAACCGUUGUCCGCCGACGAGUUCACGGACGAGGAGAACCAAGAGAGAAUGUCGUACAAGCAGGAGACCGACACCGAGUACACCAUGGUGAGUUUAGGUGAUUGGAACAAAGCAUGUGCGCAAGAACGACACGCGCAACACAUCGAGGUCAAGGAGGCGAUCUUGGUCGUGGUCGAAGAGAGACGCGACGCGACGCACAAGGAGGACAACACGGAUGAAGAGAUGUUCGAAGUCGAGGUCUUGGUCGAGGUCGACAAUGACCAUGAGUGGGAUGUGCGCAUGGUCGAAGAAAGAGUUCCCGAUGUUUGGAUGGUCGAGGAUGAAUCCUUGAGGACAAGGAAAGUCUCGAAGAGGAGGGGAAUGAUAUGGAAGUGGGUUCCGUACCCCUGUGACAAGAAGGGGCGAGAGCCAAGAGGACUCGAGGAGGCUGAAAAUAGGGCCAAAACGAUGCAAGCAUGGCCAAAAAGACGGGUACGA